AUGCAAUCUGUCAACAAAUUGUUCGUAAAAUGUCAAUCAGAACCAGCAAAGGAACACAUAAUUUUCAAGACUGAAUUCUUCAAGAACACCAAUCACAAAUCAGUUCUGCUGCUUUUAUGUAGCGAUGAGCACAUAUACAAAAUAAAUGUAAUUUCUCAAUUGCUUAGUUUGUAGAAAUAGAAGAUUUACAAGGUUUCACUUUCGUCUUUGAGAUUCAGCGUAAAGGCCGAAUAAGCUAAUAAGCAAACUCAAAAAUAGAUGAAAGGUGAUGAAUUCCAUACUUAAAUAUACAAAUUUACUUUGGAGAGAGAUGACACAGAUGCUAAUGAAUUUUACAACUUUAACUUCUAAACCAUGUAUUGGUUCGACAAUUUGAGGAACAAGUUAAACAUGCUCGACUAUUAAGUGAACUAUGAUAUUUCUAAAUUAAUCGGUAAAGGAACUUUUGCCUCAGUUUACGAAGCAAAAUCCAAAUUCGAUAGUCAAAUGUAUGCUGCCAAGGCAUUUUACAAGAAAACACUAUUUUAAGAUCCAAAAGGAAAAGAACAAGUCGAAAAUGAGAUUAGAAUCAUGAGGUAACUCAAUCAUCCAAACCUAAUAAACUUGCAUGAAGUUUACGAGAAUAAAGCAUAGAUCUAUCUCAUAAUUGAUUUAGCAAGAGGAGGCUCGCUUGAAUAUGCUCUCAAAGUACUAAAUGGGCCAGUGCCUUUCUUAUCAGCAAAAGUGAUAUUCCGUUAGAUAGUAGAGGGACUCAUUGGAUUACAUGAGAAGAACAUAAUGCAUAGAGAUUUGAAACCAGAUAAUAUUCUCUUCAGAGAUUUUGUUCCCUUAAAAAGAUAUGGAUUGAUUCAUAUGGGGCCUAACAUAAUGGUCAGUGACUUCGGUGUUUCUAGUGUCGUAUAAGAAAAACUCAAUGUCUAUUAAUACACGGGGACACCUGGUUACAUGGCUCCUGAAGUAUUUGAAACUGAGACAGAUCCAACCAAAACAUACAAUGAAAAAUGUGAUAUAUUUUCAUUGGGUUGCAUUUUGUAUUAUUUAUUGAUUGGCAAACCCCUUUUUGCCAAUAAAUAAGCAAAUAUGGAAAUGAAAAUCGAUUGGAUGGGUGUUGAAUAGGAGUUGAAUUCAAGUCAUUCUCUUACUAUGUUGUUGUAGAAGAUGUUAUCUCCAAGUCCUAAUGAUAGACCAUCUUGUAAAGAAAUUUUGGAAAACAAGAUCUUAGAGGUAGAGUAUGGAGAAGAUGGAGUGCCUUUAUUUAAAGACUUCUAGAGACCCAAAAGUAGUCCUCCAAAAAGAUUGAUCUAAGAGGAUCCCCUUAAAAACAAAGGUAAGAGAGGUAGUGUAUUAAUGAACAAUAAGGCCAUCAAUAUGAUGCCGAUCAUGGAAGAGAAACAAAGGGAUUCGGGCAAUCAUAAAUUUACCAAGAGAAAUACUAAUAUGGAUAUCUAGGAUAUGAGAUCGAGCCAAAUAAGUUUGAAUCCCCAAUCAGUGAAAUAAGCAAGGCGUUCAUCUGCAAUUAUUCCUGGAACAGCUAAAAGGCCAUCACAAUAAUGA